UUUUGAACAUCCGUGAGUGAGCAUACCGGGCCUUUGUUCCCUGGUAAUUUGUCUGGCCGGAGCUUUUUAUGAUUUGUUAAGAAGGUAAAAGCAGACCAUAAUGAGCAUUCCUCCAAUCAUAACCAUCCAUUACAUGAUUCGCUUGCUGAAGUGGCCGGCACCGGUUCCUCUACUCCUGCGGCUCAGUAUAUCAUCACUCUAGCUCUCCACCUCCCCUUACCGAAACCCUAACCCUAAAUCCCGAAAUCCCGGACUUUCCCUCUCCUUCUCCCUCACUUCCACCUUUCCCUCUCCUUUUUCCUCUUGCCCUUUCCUUCUUCCUCUUGCCCUCUCCACCGUCGUCCUCGCCAAAACCCUAACUCUAAAUUCCAAAAUCCAUGAUCCUAACAUCAGUUCUGAUCUUAUUUCCAUCCUCUCUUUGAUGCUACCCUAAAUCCUCGAAUUACCACUUCGUCUACAAGGAUGUCGAGGGAGACAGUAUGCAGUGGCGGACUACCACUCCUGCUCCUCCUUCGAUGAUGAACCUUAGCAAAGAUGGGUUCUGCUCGCUUUUUCAAUCCAUCAUGGAGUCAAGCUCGAGCCCUCUCUACUGGAAAAUCAUCAACCCAACCCUCUCACCUUCCCAUCUUCAAGAUUUGUCUGGCUUCACUCGUAGUGUGUACAAAGGAAAUCAUGUACGUUUGGUGACGGAGAAGAAACAAAGUAAAAAAAAUUGAUCCUUUUAGCUAUGUGUUUAUAUAGAAGAAGAAAAAUCGCAUAAUGGUUUUGGAAUUAUUGUGUGAAUAUUUUGAAAGAAGGAUGGAGUUGUAUUUAUGCCAUGAUUUGUGGAGGUGGCCAAAAGGGCAAAUGAGUGAAAGAAGAAGGUAUUGUGAAUAGUGAAGUGAACUUUUUUCCUGUGACUUUUUAUUAUUGGAGAUCUACUAAGUUUUUACAUCUAUAUAUAUAUAUAU